UGAGGUCCUGCGGUUCCCCCGGUCCCCGCAGCUCUGGUCCCCCCGAAACUUCCGGCGUUGCUGGAGGCGGCAACCUCACCGCGGUCUUUGCUCCCUUGUCACCCCGCCCCUCGCCGUCGGGUCAGGGGGAGGGGCGAGGAGCGGCGCACGCGCCGUGACGUACGCCGGGGCUGUUGCUGUGGGAACAGCUCCCUUGGCCCGCAUCCAGACCCGGGCUCUGGAGCAGUCUUGCAAGCGGUAUCGCAAGGUGGACUGUCUCCACCUCCACUUCCAGUGCAGGUGAGAAUGAUGUGCACUGCCAAGAAAUGUGGAAUUAGGUUCCAGCCUCCAGCUAUUAUUUUAAUCUAUGAGAAUGAAAUGAAGGGAAAACGUCGCCAACGCAUCAUGCCAGUCCGAAACUUUUCAAAGUUUUCAGAUUGCAACAGAGCUGCUGAACAAUUAAAGAAUAAUCCGCGACACAAGAGUUACCUGGAACAAGUGUCCCUGAGGCAGCUAGAGAAGUUAUUCAGUUUUUUACGAGGUUACUUGUUGGGGCAGAGUUUGGCAGAAACAAUGGAACAAAUUCAACGGGAAACAACAAUUGAUCCUGAGGAAGACCUGAACAAACUAGAUGAUAAGGAGCUUGCUAAGAGAAAGAGCAUCAUGGAUGAACUUUUUGAGAAGAAUCAGAAGAAGAAGGAUGAUCCAGAUUUCGUUUAUGACAUUGAAGUUGAAUUCCCACAGGAUGAACAGUUGCAGUCUUGCGGCUGGGACACAGAGUCAGCUGAUGAGUUCUGA